AUGCUCGAGAAGUCCUUUGCUAUGCAUGCCGAUAACGUCACGUACGAUCUUGAAGACAGCGUCGCUCCACACAUGAAGUCAGAAGCGCGGUCGAACCUGCGCGACAUCUUGAACAAGCAACGACCAAGCGGCAUCAAGGAGAUGUGCGUGCGGAUAAACAGCGUAGAUACAGGUCUGGCAUUGGACGACCUGACAGAGGUACUCAAGGGCGAGUACCUGGAUGCGAUCAUGCUACCAAAGUGCGAGAGCGCUGCGGAUCUUCACUUCGUCACUGAUGUCAUACGGCACUUGCGUCCUGACAGACAUCCGUCAAGUACAACCACAACAGGUAGCGGGAUCAAGAGAGAGCCACUCCGGAUCAUAGCCCUCAUAGAAUCUGCCAAAGCGAUCCAGAACCUCAGCUCCAUAUGCGCCGCAUCGCCCUACCUCAGCGGCCUCGUGUUCGCAGCCGAAGACUUUGCGAAAGACAUGAGUCUCACGCGCACACCCUCGCUCACAGAGUUUUUGUAUGCGAGAUCAGCGAUCGCAACAGCCGCACGAGCCGCCGAACUUCCCUCCACCAUCGAUCUGGUAUGCACAAGCUACAAAGGUGAAGCAGGGCUCAAGACACUGGAAGAAGAGUGCUUGAACGGCAAGGGCAUGGGCUUCAACGGCAAGCAGUGCAUACACCCAAGCCAAGUCGCUGUAUGUCACAAAUCGUUCAGCCCUGGCGAUAAGGAGGUCGAGUGGGCAGCUCGGGUGGCUAUUGCAGACGAGAAGGCCAGCCAAGCAGGACGAGGCGCGUGGACGUUGGACGGCAAGAUGAUUGACGUUCCUGUUGUUAAGAAGGCCCAUGCGAUUCUGAAGCAUGCGCAGGCGUGCGAGAUUGAUGUGGAGACGAUUCGAGAGAAGUGGAAGGGACAAGAGCCAGAGUGA